AUGGGACAUCCUGCCAUAUUGCAAGAGACAUUUGGCCUUGAGUCAAAAACCAACCCCGACUCCCGAGCAAGCGUCCACAGCACCGAAGAUGGAUCGCCUCACCCGGCGCUGGACAGCACUUUCCAGCUAUUCGAAAGCGAGCCAUCUCCGGAAGAACAACAAUGGCGACCCGGCGUGCGUGACUGGCUGGUAUUCAUCAGCAUCGUCAUCCUAGCAAUGAUGGACUCAUUCGAUGCCACUGUCCUGAUCCCCGCUCUACCUGAAUUGGCAAAUACAUUUGAUGAACCCCUCGCCAGCACGCUGUGGGUGAAUACCGCGUAUUUGAUUAUGAGCGUAGCCAGCCAGCUCUUUUUCACUAUGAUGUGUGAGGUCUUUAGCCACGGACCAGUGUGGAUCGUCGCCGUCGUCUUCACAACCAUCGGCACGGGGGUUUGCAGCGGUUCGAUGAGCCUAGUCGAGUUGGUCAUCGGGCGUGUCGUUCAAGGUAUUGGCGGCGGCGGUGCAAUGGCACUUUGCUUCGUGAUCAUGGCCGAGUCAGCGCCCGAGUGCAUCCACUCCCGCUACUCGUGCUAUAUCCUUCUUACGCGGCUGAUCGGAUCAAUUAUCGGGCCCGUCGUCGGAGGGUUAUUCGUGGAUCAUGCGAGCUGGACGUGGGCGUUCUACUUCAACUUCAUCUUCUGUGCCCUAGGCCUCAUGGCCAUCCCGUUUGCCGUGGAUCUGCGCGUCUCCAAGAAUAUCCCGCUCCGUAAGUUGCGUAUCCUGGACUGGUCUGGGGCCUCAAUGGCUUUCCUCGGACCCAGUAGUGCCAUUGUUGGGCUGAGUUGGGGAGGCAUCCUGCACAAGUGGACGGAGUGGCAAACACUUAUGCCCAUCGCGGUCGGCGCAGCAGCCCUUGUGGCACUGGUGUUCUAUGAGUCGAAGUGGGCGCUGCAUCCCCAGUUUGGCCCUCGAGUAUUUCGAUCAAGAGCGACGGCAAUGACAUACAUCGGGUGCUUCUGCCAUGGGUUCGUGGUCUUCUGCCAAAUGCAGUAUUUCACUUUUUACUUCAUCUCCGCCAAAUAUUUCUCUACCACCAUCUCAGGUCUGGCUUUGUUAGCGUUGACUGGCCUUGCACUCACCCCAGCAGCCGUGGUCGGAGUUGUCCUCGCAAGAGAGUCUCAGUGUUCUCGAUGGAUCAUCUCUGGCGGCUGGGUAUUAACAAUCCUUGCUUCCGGAUGCUCAGUUCUCCUUAUUAGCACCACACCCACUGUCGGGUGGGUGUUUAUAUUUUUCUCGGCUGGUCUAGGCCACGGCCUUCUCCUCUCCAGUUAUAAUAUCCGCAUUCACAGCGUUCCCACAGACGACGGCGUGUCGUUGCCAUUGAAGCCGAUCACCAUGUCAAACUAUAUGCGGGCAUGGGGGAUGGCUGUGGCCGUUCCGGUUGGGGGUGUGGUCUUCUUGAAUAUCCUCGGAAAUCAGUUUCAGAGUUUAGGUCUCAGGCGGGAUCUUAUAAACACGGCUCGGGGAUACGUGGUCUUAAUGGACCAAGUUGCGAUGCCUGAUGGCCAAAGAGAAGCUAUUCAAGGUGCCUCCUCCAUGGCGCUAAGGGUGGUUUGGGAAAUUAUCACUGGAGUCGGUGCCAUUGGAGGCAUUUCUUCGAUUUUUUUGUGGACUAAAAAACAAUAG